UCAUAUUCGUCGUCCUUCUCCUCCGCGACUCACGAAUCGGUCGGUACAGCUACUACAGCGGUUCCUCCUCCCCUGAUCACGGACGCACAGGUGCAAAUCAUAGAAGUCUGGGCGACGUUCUUCGUCCUUGUCGUUUUCGCCGCCAUGUGGCACUACCAACGGCCGAGGACGACUGUGGUUAAGCUCCAGGUUGCAUUGCUGGGCUUGGCAAAACCAUUUCAGAAGGAACUGAACGAGAUUGCUGAGAAGGUAGAAGCGUCCAACCAGCGUUGGUAUAAGUUCAUAUUGACGGUGACGAUACAUUCAUUGAGCCGUCCCAUGGAUUGCUGCAUCUCUUCAAACUUGUCAGCUGAUGUCAAAGUUGGACUGGACUCUUGGGAGGAGCAUUUCGAUAAAAUUUCCAUGAUGGAAAGGAGCAAAUUUGAUGAAGAAACACUUUGCAACUUGGAAGGAAUCAAGAAGAAGAAAGAGUACUCCAAAAAUUAUGAUGACUUCAGAAACGAAUAUAUAGUGAUAAUGGCCUUCUCUGAUGAUUCCCAAAUUUCUUCAGGUAACCAUGCUAGUCGCUGCUGAUGGUGCAAUGAAAUUUCCUACAAUCACAAGACCCGCUGAUCUGGAAGCAGCUCUGGGAAAACUUAACUCUAUACCUGCAAGAGAAAUUCGGGUAUGGAGAAUGUUUCCUAUCCUUUUCAUAAUAAACAAUUGCUUCCUGAUGUAUAAUCGAGACAAGGGAAUAACAACAUUUUCCCUGAUUUUCUUCUAACGUCGCUGAUAAUUAAUUUCCUACUCGUGCCUGCUGUCUCAGGGCAUUCAUGUGUUAUGGACUCCUCAGGAAGACAAUGACGUUCUUUCCGAAGAGAAGCUUCUAACGGAUUAUCCUUGUCUGAAGCCCCUGUGUGAUUACUAGGAGACGAUCUUACCAUGUUCUCAGAUGCCAUGGUAUAAGAUCUCGUCGGGAAAAAAUGCACGUAAAAAGGGUGUGGUCGGUCAUCAUCGUUUUUUAGGUGAAUUCGAUGAAGAGCCUUCGAUGAAAUCACUUGGAAGAGGCGAUCCACAAUACUUGACUCUCGAGGUCUAGGAGUUGUGCAAAAACUUACCCCAAAAGAAAGAAAAAAUCUGUACAAAAACUGUGUGCAAUGUACCUUCCUAAUCCAUACUAGCCAAGAAAACAGGAAAACUAUACAAGGCCUCUGGAAUCCUUAAACCAUAUCCUUGUGCUUCAUCUAUAAUCAAUGGGUACAGAGAAAUGUGUUCUCAUUACACAAUUUCCCAAUUUCUAGCACUCA